GCUUUUAGGAUACUACACCCGACGAACUGCUGUCUGCUGUUAUGACAGCUGUCCUUCAAGAUGUCAAUCUUCGUCCUGAGGUCCUGGGAGACAUCUGCGUUGGAAACGUGCUGCAGCCUGGAGCUGGUGCUUUGAUUGCAAGAGUUGCACAGUUUCUAAGUGGUAUUCCAGAGACGGUGCCGUGCUCGAGCGUGAACCGGCAGUGCUCCUCCGGGCUACAGGCCAUUAUCAAUAUAGCUGGUGGCAUCCGAAAUGGAUCGUAUGACAUUGGCUUGGCCUGUGGCGUGGAAACGAUGUCCCUCAGAAAUGCAAAUAACCCUGGUGAUAUCAGUUCCAGUAUGAUGGAAAACAGCAAAGCUCGAGAUUGCCUUAUUCCUAUGGGAAUAACCUCAGAAAACGUGGCAGAGAAGUUUGGAGUUUCCCGAAAGAAGCAAGAUGCCUUUGCCUUGGCUUCCCAACAAAAAGCAGCAAAAGCUCAGCAGAUGGGACUGUUUAAAACUGAGAUUGUUCCAGUGAAGACCACUGUUCUAGAUAAUCAGGGCAACCAAAAAACAAUCACCGUGCACCAAGACGAAGGGAUUAGGCCCUCCACAACCCUGGAAGGCUUGGCAAAGCUGAAGCCUGCCUUCAAAGAGGAUGGUAGCACUACAGCAGGUAAUGCCAGCCAGGUCAGUGAUGGAGCGGCUGCUGUUCUCCUGGCAAAACGCUCAAAAGCAGCGCAACUGGGACUCCCAGUCCUGGGGGUGCUCAGGUCCUUUGCUGUGGUCGGAGUCCCACCCGAUGUUAUGGGCAUAGGACCAGCCUACGCAAUCCCUGUAGCUGUGGAGAAGGCGGGUCUGACUCUGAAUGACGUUGAUAUAUAUGAAAUUAAUGAAGCCUUUGCAAGCCAGGCUGUGUACUGUGUUGAAAAGCUGGGCAUUCCCAUGGAGAAGGUCAACCCCCUGGGAGGAGCGAUAGCACUGGGGCACCCACUGGGCUGUACUGGUGCUCGUCAAGUUGUCACUUUGCUCAAUGAAUUGAAGCGCAGAGGGAAAAGAGCAUACGGUGUUGUAUCAAUGUGCAUUGGAACUGGCAUGGGCGCUGCAGCGGUAUUUGAGUACCCAGGGAACUAAACUCCAGCAUACUGAUGAAACAACACAACAGCUAAUUCUCUGCCUUCUCUAGUAAUAGCAAAUGAUUUGCACUGUGAAAUCAAGUGGAUUCAGGGAUUCGUUACUAGAUCUACAAAUUCUAGGCACAAAUUGCGAAGUAGAAUAAAUCAUACAGAUCUACUAAGGAGGUGGGAAAAUGCAAAACUGGCAAAUGGCAUCCUGACACGAGAAGAGAAAUUCAGUUCAGCUGAAGUUCAACUACAGGCCCUUGUGUGGUGAUUAUGAAUUAAUAUUUCUAAUCUAAUUGAUCCCUGUAUUCUGUGAAUAUUAUCAGAAGUCAUUCAUGGUACAGUAUUUUUGUAUGACAAAUUGUCUAAAACGGUUGCUCAAAAUGAAAACAACUGGUGCACAUGAAAAGGCUUUUCCAGGGUUUUCUUAAAAGAUUUCACCAUCUUGCAAGAAGUCUAGAACAGCUUGUUUUGAAAGCGGUGCAAAGGCUUAACGUCACUUCCCUUACAACUCCGUCUGUCCUAUCCCAGUCCUAAGUUGGCUAUGCCUUAAAUUGUCCCUGUGCUGGAGGAUGUGCUUUGGCUCUCCACGUUUAACCAAGCUGCUCCGAAGCCUCCAGUGGGGGCAAGUGGGAGGACUAGAAUGUAAUUUACACAGGAGCAAACAAACUGUUGAGGUGCCUGAAUAGAAAGGUUUUGAUGAUUUGCUAGAAGCCAGGAAUUUGAAGGUGGCCAUUCCAUCUUUUACAGCACAUUUCUAAUUAUCAGCUUGUGUGACUCUAACUUAGAGGACAAGCUUAUGCUUAAUAAUAUUUACUUACCUGACACAAAACAGAUUUCAGCAUUACUCUUCCUGCAAGCACUGCAUGAACGUCAGCAAAAUACAUGUUUUGUCUUGUAAAGUUCUCCCUUUUCUGUUCUUCCUCUUAUGAGCAGAAAGAUCACUGAAACUCAGAGCUAAUGGCUUGAAAAAGAAAUGUACUCAUCGCCUUUGACAUGUCAGAAAUGUUUAAAUUCGUAAUGCAGACUGAAGUUCUUUGUCCUGGCCCUUGUUUUUGCACUUAAUAAUACAGUUGGGUUCUUGCAAUAUAUUUGUGUUCUUUUUGUGGUGAUUGUUAGUUGAAGGUCACAAUUAGCUAGAGCUGUUUGAUGUUCUCACAUUCCUGUGCUGUAGCCUGGCUCACGCACCCAGCAAUCACGCAUGCUGAAUUUUAGAGCAAAAAAGAUUAAAUUAUUUAGAGGCGGCAGAGAGGCAUUAGCAUCUUCAAGGGUCCUUUUUGCACACUGAGGUUGCUGUGUAUAAAAUGAAUUCUCCUUGCUAGUACAAGUCUGUUUUAAACCAGGCAGGAGGCAGCUAUUGUGCAUCUUUUGUUCUCCUCCAGUGUGGAUUGCAGCUCCCUCCUCCCCCCACUUGCUGCCUUUAACAAAAACCUUUUAUAUGAUGGGAGUGGAAAACUUAACAGGCUCAGAAGUGGGAAUUUCAGUGACCUUUAGCUAAAGUAAUACUAAAAACAUUUAAAGAGAAGUGUGAGUAAAUGGGAACCAUGUGGGGGGAAAGAAUUAAAAGGAAGAAGGGUUCCUCCCUGUGUAGCUGAAGGGGAUAUGCUCAAUACCC